AUUUCAUCGGUCAACAUGGCGCAUAACUCUUCAGAGCUUUCCUUGAACAGCUCCCUGGAACGUAUACAUUUCAAAUCCAUCUUGAAUUGACAUUCAGUGUGUGAAAAGAUGAUUAGGAAGAUAAAAAUGAAAUAUUGUCGGUUCAACUUUAUUGCUCGCCGUGUGAAGAGGCCAGGAUCUCUUAUCGUUAGUUGUGGCUUUGUUAGCUCCGUCAUCUGGUUCCUUGUUUACUUUGACAAGUGGAAGUCACGUGAUGACCCGGCUUUGAAGCAGGCAUCGUCGGGUCUCCGGCCGAUGCUCAGGGUGCUGAAGAGUGGUUUAAUUCAUGGAGACGUUGGUCGAGCUGACCAGAACAACGACUCAACGUUCUUACACGGUCAAAACUUAGUUGCAGGUGAGUGCGGUAGACUACGUCAAAAUUGAACAACCACGGUUGAAUUUAUACGGUUAUGGUAAUAGAUGGUUGAGUUUAUAUUAUUAUGUAAUAGAUGGUUGAGUUUAUAGGAUUACGUAAUUGACGUUAUUUAAUUAUAAUUGUAUGGGAAAUGUUGGGUUUGACUUUAAACAAGCUAGAGGUAUGGAAAUAGGUGGUCCACUGGUCCAGGAUUAAAUUGAAGCUCCCCCCCCCAGACACCGACGAGGUCAUGACAGGCAGUUCCACCUCAAGAACUUGGUACAGGAGCUCCUCAUUCCUGCCAAGGACAAUAAGGGACUGGAAAAAAGCUUCCAAAAGCAACAGAUGAGGUGACUACACUUGACACCUUUGCGUCUAUUGCCUCCUGUCUUCAAAACCCCUUGUUGAUUCUGUCAUCGCCGAGAAGUCCUUGCGACCAGUGAAGUAUGCUCUUCACCACCAUGCACAGUUGCAUCGCGAAACCGCCUGAAACAUAAGAGCCAUAAUGAUCAAUACAUUGAUCGUGGGCCCUCAACGUAAAGAAGAAGAAGACAGAAAUGAGUUAAGGGUGACAAUAAUACGCUUCAGAUUGUGCAAGUUAUUGCUGACCAUAAGUCUGAUGGGAUCUAGAUAUCAUGUGAAUGCUGAGAAGUGGGGACCACAGGACUGAAUGGUACUAGAAAAAAAGCUAAUGGUUACUGGAGAGCAUCAGAUUGCUGGGUACUUGAGACCAUAAGACUGCUGGGUAUUAGAGACCAUAAUACUGUCGGGUACUAGAGACCAUAAUACUGCUGUGUAUUAGAGACCAUAAGACUGCGGAGUAUUAGAGACCAUAAGACUGUCGGAUACUAGAGACCAUAAGACUGCUGGGUAUUAGAACACAUAAGACUGCUGGGUAUUAGAACACAUAAGACUGCUGGGUAUUAGAGACCAUAAGACUGCUGAGUAUUAGAGACCAUAAUACUGUCGGGUACUAGAGACCAUAACACUGCUGGGUACUAGAGCACAUUAAACUGCUGGGUACUUGAGACCAUAAGACUGGUGGGGGUAGAGACUGUAAGACUGUCGGGAACAUGCACGCUAACAUUCGGGAUUAGAUACAAAUAUAUCUACAAUUCUCAAAUUAUAACCACGUUUAACUCAUAAAUUCCAUUAAAUUAUUCAAUUUUGGUGUAAAAUAGUUAUUAAGUAAAAUAGUAUAUUAAGUACUAAUGAGAAGUCAUAUAUACACACCAUGUCAAGUUUAUAGUUUAUAUAUUUUUGCCAUAUAAUGUGGUAAAAUGCAUAUUGUAAAAGAAAGCUCUCAUUUCUGCCUGGUGUCGGUGAUAAAACUCAUAAGGAGAAAUAUUUAUGCAACUUUAAAUUGCUUUGCAUAAAAUCGACCAUUUUGAAAUGUGUCGGAAUUAUCCAUACUUCAGACGGCUAAAGUGCUACAGCUGGUGACACCGAGUAAGAUGGUAUUGUGUUUGCUACGGUGUUCGUGAGGCUUGAAUGCUUGCAUACUGCACUCUGUUUUCAAGUUUAAAAAACACGUACUCCCCGUCCAUGAUUUUACAAAUUGUAACAAACGUCUAUAGGUCUGCACACCAGAAGAUGUGCCAUGGAGGAGAAAGAUAGAGAGAGAGGGGGGAGAGUAGGGAGAGAUAGGAAGAAGAGAGUUAGAGAGAGGGGGGGGGAGAGAGAGUAGGGAGAGAGAGAGAGAGGGGGAGAUGAGAGAUAGAGAGAGGGGAGGGGGAGAGAGGAGGGAGAGAGAGGAAGAAGAGAGAGAGAGAGAGGGGGGAGGGGGAGAGAGGGGGAGAGUGGGAGUUGAGGGGUAGGGAGAGGGGGGAGGGGGAGAGAGUAGGGAGAGAGAGGAAGAAGAGAGUUAGAGAGAGGGGGAAGGGGGAGAGAGUAGGGAGAGAGAGAAAGAAUAGAGUUAGAGAGAGGUAGAACAGCGUUUACCAUUUUUAUAAAUCGUAUCAGAAUGUCAUUAUUUUGUUAAGAAGAAAUCAGACAUUUACAAAAAUAAAUCAUAUUUUAAUCAUUGUUUUGAUCUUAUCUGAGGGAAAUCUUCAACAAAUAAAUUAUAAAUUUCACAAUAUUUAGUUUAAUUGAAUAUUUAUUUGGCAUUUCAAACUAUUAAUACAUUCAUGGGAUAAAUUAGUCGCUUCUAUCGACUUUAACAUUUGUCUGGAUCUGGUAGUGCUCGUUGCUGCAUCCAUAUACUGGCAUCUGUGCAACGGUUGGGGACGCGAUGUUGCUACUCUAACAGCUCCCAACAGAUGCCAGGGCAGCCGUUUUUUUUAAAAACGAUUUCAAAUUUUUAAAAAUUUAAUGAUGAUUUGGAAAAAAAAAAAAAAAAAGAUCUUUUUUUUUCUAAAACUUGAACCACAAAAAAAAAUGUUAUUGGAAUAAAGUUUAUUUUAUUCUACUUAUUUCUAAAGCUUACGAACAGAUUUUCAUCAAUAUUUUUUUUUUAAAGGCAUGCAAAUAGGUGGUGCAGUUUAUUUAUUAUUCUGAGAUUAAAAAGAGAAUGUAAAUGUAGUAUAUUUAAAGAAAAUAAAAACGCAAUUAUAAGAAAGGCUGUGGAACAAGUUGGAUAAGAUAAGAUAAGAUAAGAUAAAAUGAGAUAAGACGCUUUUAAUGAUCCAAAUAAAUGGUAAUUUGUUUUUACUACAAUAGACAUAUUGUUUUUACUUCAUUGCACAUGUUGUUUUUACGACAUUUCACUUAUUGUUUUUAGUCUUGGAAGUCUUUGUCUGAGUUAGAAAUCGACCGAAAGAGAUUUUAAGAUUUCGGCCGAAACCGAAAAUAGACUGAAAGUUAAAGAUGAUUUUCGGCCGAACCGAAGCUGAAACCAAAAGCUUAACGAGACUUUCAGCGAAAACUGAAACCUAAAGAUUCAAAUACUUCAAAAUUCGUUUUCGCAAACGAUCAGCGUGCUGUGAAAAAUGGCUUAACACAUGGUGUGGCUAUUUAUAUUAAACUGAAGUGACUCUCAAACUAUUGAUCCAAGGAAGGGCUUAUGCAGGGUUCCCUUAAGCAUCGGUAAGCUAUAAACUUUUUAAUUACUUCUCUAGCCUACCUAGCUUUUUGGGACCUAAUUAUCCAAAUUGGAUUCAGGUUAACUUUGAAAUGGACAAUUUACCAUUUUUCCAUUGAAUUUUAGCCCUUUUAGCUUGUCAUCAAACACCCACACACACACACAACACAUAUCACCGGGCUGGACAAAUACAUUUUAACAAAUUUUGAAUCUUCACUUUGAACGGCUCGGUAUGAGAGGAUUUAUACUCUGUAAUCUUCAUGUUGCAACCUAAGUGUGGCAUCCAGCGGUUCUAUAGAAUGCCUGGACAAAGUGUAGAAUGGCUUAUCUAUUUUAUACCUGGACUGGGCAUUCAACGGCAUUCAAUAGAAUGGCUGGGUUACACACUUCGCAUUUAGCAUUUAAAUAUAGGAAUAAAUCUAAUAAUAUUUUGUUUGUUGUAAUGUAAUUUGAGACGACAGAACUCAUCCCUAUACCAAAAUUAUAAUUUAAGCUUGCUUCCAACUACUAUAACAAGUACCAGUCCUACAAUAUCAAAAAAUAUUUAUAGUAGGUUUAUAUUAUACAGCCAUUUAUGAACAUGUUAAGGAAUGUCAAUGAAUUAAUUAACUGAAUUAGCCUAGGGAUCCCCAAUUUAAAAGAAUUAAAGAAUAAUUUUAAAAAUAAUAAAGAAAAUGUUACCAUUCCUUAAGAUUUUUAUGCACAAUACUAAUUACCUUUGACCAUAACAAGAUAGUGAUACACCAAAACCUGGGGUUCCCAAUUUGUAAUUUUUUUUUUUUUAAUAAAACAAAAAUUAUAAUAUAAAUAUUACCCUUCCCCUAGUUUCUGUUUUAUUUACACAAAACUGUUUGACUUUACCCUUCCUUUUAUUGACAUUUCAUUUUUUGGAAAUAUUUGACACGUAGGUCAUCAUGCAGCUGUGAGCAGUGUUCGUGGAGGCUUUGUUAUAUAUCAUAAGAUGACAAAAAAAAAGACGUCGAGCAAAUAAUGAUUAUUGGAUUGCUGGCCCACAGACAGGGUGACAAUGUGACAUCUGGUCAACAAAACUGAAGGCCUCAAUCACUCUCAUGCGAAACCCAAAAUAAACCGAAAGUUAACUUUUUUUCUAUUUUAACCGAAACCGAUAAUAAACCGAAAGCUAACUUUUCUGUUUCGGCCGAAACCGAAACAGAAACUACGCCGAAAGUGAUCAAAUGGCAACUUUCGGCGUCGAAUCCGAAGCCGAAAUUCGGUCGGUCUCUAAUCUGAGAUUUUGUUUGUUUACUAAAAGUGUUCUGUAGCAAGCCUGCAAGACGUUUGGGGAAUGUCUGUGUGAUCAGAAGAAUUCUCCAAUUUCUUACCAGAUCAUGCAUACUCAUAAAGUGUGUAUUCGACUUGUCUAUGGUUGGUUAUUUUGGUUUUGCCGUUAUUACAAUAAAUGGCGGACAAGAUGGCGGAUCCUUUGAUUGCAAGACGUCGCUUGUUAACAUGUGAAGGUUUACGCCUACGAUGUUAAAAAUUCCCCUUUAAACGCUGAUACUCAAGAUAAAAACACAGGAGUAUUCCUUCAAAGUUCCACGCUAGUAGCAGAAAUAAUAAAGGGUAGGCUAUGCUGGGCAUGACACGUAGAAAGAAAAGAAUGCCAAACGACAGAGGAGUGAAGAGGGUACACCACCAAAACCCCAGAAGAAAGCGGCUCAAAGGCGGACCUAGGCUUCGAUGAAUGGGUGAUGUGGAAAAAGAUAUGCAGUAACCGGGAAUCCAAGCGAGGAAAAGAUAAUCAUUAGUUAGGUCUGAGAGGAAGGAAGUAGAGAGGCAGGCUAAAGCCCUACAUGGCUGUAGCGCCACAUGGAUGGAUGGAUCUCUCAAAAGCACAAUUUACACAUUUAACUCUCUCCUCCCCAGCAAAAAAAAAUCAAAUAAAUAAAAAUAUUUUUUUUAUCAAAUAAUAAUAAUAAAAUAUAACACGAUCUUAAAAAAUAAACACAGAAGCCAUCAAGUCGUCUGCAGUUCAGUGCCCUGGAAGUAAACUGAUAAAUAUAUAACGCUGUCCGUAUCUCAUUCAAUUUUUAAAAAUUUAAUAUUUUAUAUUUUAUAACAAAAUAAAAUUAAAUAAAAAUGAUGAAGAUAAAAAUUCCUUUUUUUAUUUCUAAAAAUGAACAUUUUAUCACAUGGCCUUAAUAUCGGCUUAAUAUGGAUGUUCCUGUCCAUUAAAUAAUUUUAUAAUGAAGGAUGAAUGUAACGACCAACAUCAAACAUUGAAUGUAUUCACUGGCUUAUUAACAUUGAUUGACAUGGAGGUUUUUUUUUCAUUUCUCUCAUUAGCCGAGAUUGUGUUCCCUCCCUUCGUCGACAGCCAUGAUCCCAACGGACCAGGUAGGUGAAAUCUACGAAUCCAUUAUCAUUGGCAUCCACUUUAAAUCUAUGGUAAACGUCACAAGAUGGCUACACCAGAAAUUCCCAAAAUGUGCAACGCGGAGCCUUCAUGGGGAACUUGGCUGCCUAACAAUUGGGCCGCGAAUUAGUACAAAAUUUGCACAAUUUUACUUUAUGUUCACUGUAAUUGGAAGUGUCCUUAAUUGGACGCGGUGGAAACCAGUACCUCGCUUAGUCAGAACUGUUUGCAGAAGUGUCUGGCUAACCCUUGAUGCAGAAGUCUCUUAAUAACCCUUGAUGCAGAAGUCUCUGAUCAACUCUUGAUGCAGAAGCAUCUAGCUAACCCUUGAUGCAGAAGUCUCUGAUCAACUCUUGAUGCAGAAGCAUCUAGCUAACCCUUGAUGCAGGUGUGUCUGGCUAACCCUUGAUGCAGACGUGUCUGGCUUACCCUUGUUGUAGAUGUCUCUGACUAAUCCUUGAUGCAGAAGUCUCAUUCCUAUACCAAAAUUAUAAUUUAACCUUGCUUCCAACUACUAUAACUAGUACCAAAACUACAAUACACGUGACUAACCCUUGAUGAAGAAGUCUCUGACUAACCCUUGAUGCAGAAGUCUCUUUCUAACCCUUGAUGCAGAAGCCUCUGACUAACCCUUGAUGCAGAAGUAUUUGACUAACCCUUGAUGCAGAAGUCUCUGACUAACCCUUGAUGCAUGUGUGUCUGGCUAACCCUUGAUGCAGACGUGUCUGGCUUACACUUGAUGCAGAUGUCUCUGACUAACCCUUGAUGCAGAAGUCUGUCUAACCCUUGAUGCAGAAGUCUAUGUCUAACCUUUGAUGCAAAAAUCUCUGACUUAAUAUUGAUGCAGAAGUCUCUGUCUAACCCUUGAUGCAGAAGUCUCUGUCUAACCCUUGAUGCAGAAGUCUCUGUCUAACCCUUGAUACAGAAGUCUCUGUCUAACCCUUGAUGCAGAAGUCUUUGACUAACCCUUGAUGCAGAAGUCUCUGUCUAAGCCUUAAUGCAGAUGUCUCUGACUAACCCUUGAUGCAGAUGUCUCUUACAAACCCUUGAUGCAGAUGUCUCUGUCUAACCCUUGAUGCAGAAGUCUCUGAUUAAACCUUGAUUCAGAAGUCUCUGUCUAACCCUUGAUGCAGAAGUCUCUGACUAACCCUUGAUGUAGAAUUCUCUGACUAACCCUUGAUGCAGAAGUCUCUGUCUAACCAUUGAUGCAGAAUUCUCUGACUAACCCUUGAUGCAGAUGUCUCUGACUAACCCUUGAUGCAGGUGUGUCUGGCUAACCCUUGAUGCAGAUUUCUCUUACUAACCCUUGAUGCAGGUGUGUCUGGCUAACCCUUGAUGCAGGUGUGUCUGGCUAACCCAUGAUGCAGAAGUCUCUGUCUAACCCUUGAUGCAGAAGUCUCUGAAUAACCCAUGACGCAGAUGUCUCUGACUAACUCUUGAUGCAGAAGUCUCUGACUAACCCUUGAUGCAGAAGUCUCUGACUAACCCAUGAUGCAGAAGUCUCUGACUAACCCAUGAUGCAGAAGUCUCUGACUAACCCUUGAUGCAGAAGUCUCUGUCUAACCCUUUGAUGCAGAAGUCUAUGACUAACUCUUGAUGCAGAAGUCACUGACUAACCCUUGAUGCAGAAGUCUCUGACUAACCCAUUGAUGCAGAAGUCUCUGUCUAACCCUUUGAUGCAGAAGUCUAUGUCUAACCUUUGAUGCAGAAGUCUCUGACUAACCCAUGAUGCAGAAGUCUCUGACUAACCCAUGAUGCAGAAGUCUCUGACUAACCCUUGAUGCAGAAGUCUCUGUCUAACCCUUUGAUGCAGAAGUCUAUGGCUAACCCUUGAUGCAGAAGUCACUGACUAACCCUUGAUGCAGAAGUCUCUGACUAACCCUUGAUAAAUGUUGGGUAUUUGCUGUUUAUUUGUUAGAAUUUAACAUAGGGUGCCUCGGAACAAUCUGAUUCAAGAAAUUUCGAAAUAUUUUGGGAAUUACUGGGCUACAUCAUUCUCUACACCGGGGGUGGCCAAACAUUUCAGCAGGCGGGCCAUAUUUCAUAAUAUUUCCUGCCGGGCAAUUACACCUAAUUGUUUGGUGUUUAUUAAAGUAAUCAAAGAAGCGUGCUAUAACGUCGACCAUAUCGUCUAUUCCCAGUAGGGGAGAUCGAGGUCAAACGUUUGCCUGGUUUAAUGUAAAAAAAAAAAAAAAGAAAUAUGUAUUUUUUUAUUUUUUUUUAAAGAAAAUACAAAACAUAACCGAGAGUCCAACAUAUUUAUUCGACAAUUUUAAAAUAUUUAAAAGUGUGACUUUGUUUUUGUCGGAACUAAGUGCAUCAAAAUUGAUCUCGACUGUUUUCCACAUGGACAUCAGUAAUUCGUGUUCUCACGUGUCACUUGAUGUGCUUCGCACGACUCAACAGCUGUUCACACGCAAAAGUGUUUCCAAAUAGCGAAACCACCGACAGACCAAGUUUGUAAAACGCGGGAUAUUGACCCUUGUCCAAAUACGUUUCAUAGACUUCUUCCAAACCGACCAGAUGGAACUUCUCCUUUAACUGUGCAACACAACAAAUUUGACAAGGUUUCAUUCGUAAUCUUCCUGGCAAUAAACGCACGUCUUCCGCGAAUGGCGUUGCAAAUGCACGAAAAGAAGCUCAUGAUGGUGUUGUUCUUUUAAUACUAAAAUCGGUUUUCAAAUUCGAGGUUUAAUUCGGCUAUCAAAGAAGCGUACUUACCCGCCGCCUCUUGUGUGACAUCUGGUUGAAAUGACUGUUGUUCCCGAAGAUGAAGUCUCAUUUGAAAUUCAGAAUAUGAUCAUACAUCUUAUUAAUUAAUUGAUCUUUCCCUUGUAGCCGAAUAUUAACGCUAUUUAGGUGGUUAGUUGCGUCGACCAGAAAUGCAGAGUCACAACCCCACUCUUGAGCUUCAAACUCUGGGAUAAUUAUUGACUUGCUCGCAAAUAAUGAUUUCAUUUCUUACUGCAAAUCAUACGCUCUUUACAACAUUUUGGCACAACAUUGAGCCAUCUUUCUUCUUAAAAUGUGACGUCAUUUUAUUAUGAGUCCAAAGACUUUAGUAGAAAUUCUUGGAGCUGAUGGUGAUUCAACCCGUUCAACUUAAUGAAGAUAACUAGUUUGAUGACCACUUUCAUGACAUGGUCCAUUUUGAGGGACUUCGAACAUAAAUUCUCCUGAUGAAUAAUGUAAUGAAACUUUAGCAUUGAAAUAUUACCGGCUUUGGAGGCCUUAUUUUCAAUCAAUUUUAUUAUUCCUUCAUGUUUCCCAACCACUGGUGGAGCACCAUCCGUUGUUGAGCCCGAUAAGUUGUUAAGUUGUAGUGAAUAGUGAUUCAAUGUCCAUGGAGCUGCAUGUAAAAAAUCUCGUGACAUAGUAACGUCCUUGAGUGGAUACAGUGCCGCUAAUUCUUCAGUCUUUUUAAAAUGGACAUCAACACACUUGAUGAAAAUGGCCAGUUGGGCAGUAUCUGCCAUAUCUGUGCUUUCAGUUGGGCAGUAUCUGCCACAUCUGUGCUUUCAGUUGGGCAGUAUCUGCCACAUCUGUGCUUUCAGUUGGGCAGUAUCUGCCAUAUGUGUGCUUUCAGUUGGGCAGUAUCUGCCAUAUCUGUGCUUUCAGUUGGGCAGUAUCUGCCAUAUAUGUGCUUUCAGUUGGGCAGUAUCUGCCAUAUCUGUGCUUUCAGUUGGGCAAUAUCUGUCAUAUCUGUGCUUUCAGUUGGGCAGUAUUUGCCAUAUCUGUGCUUUCAGUUGGGCAGUAUCUACCACAUCUGUGCUUUCAUCUAAAGCUAGAGCAUACAAUUUAAACUCAGAUGCUCGACAGUUUAAAUUAUCUUUAAUAUUUUUUUUUCCAAUGCUGUUCAUUCGCCUAGUAAUAGUCUGAGGAGACAGACUUAGUUUUUUAGAAAUCCUUCUUCUUUUUUGGACACAGAAUUUCAACAAUGCUCUCCAAACAUUCCUUAACAUUCUGAAAAUGGUUCCGUUUUUUUUUUACUAGUAUCAAGGCCACUGCAUAACUAUCUUUUACAUAGCAGUUUAACUCUGAACACGCUCUAGUAAAUAUCUUUUUUUUUGUACAGUAUUUUUUUAAAAGUCUUUUACUUGGUCUUAUCAAAUUGCACUUUGUACUUAUCAAACUUAUUUGCAUGUUUAGUCUCGUAGUGCCCUUUGAUGUUACAUCACCACCAAAACAGAAACAGAUUCAUUGCAUGUCAAGCACAUAGGCUUCGUUUUAAUUUCUAUGAGUUUUCCUGAAACUGCGGAAUAUUCUAAACAGGUCAAAACCAAUGAAUUUUUUUUUUUAAAUACGCGAGAUAUUUCAAAUUUCUCUUAGCUAUAAUUUGAAAAAUAUAUGAUACGAAUGACUCAUGAUGUAAUGCUCCUUUCGAGAUAUGUACAAUAAAGUUAACAUUUAGGUUCAUUUAACUCACGGCGGGCCGCGUGUUGGCCAUCCCUGCUCUACACAAAUAAUAAAAGUCUAUAUAUAUAUAUAUAUAUAUAUAUAAUAUAUAUAUAUAUAUAUAUAUAUAUUAUAUAUAUAUAUAGACAUAUAUAUAUAUAUAUAUUUAUAUAUAUAUAUAUAUAUAUUUAUAUAUGUAUAUGUAUAUAUGCUGACCUGCUUCAAUUGAUUGUAUAAGAUGAUUGUGGAUAAGUAACGUUAUAAUUGUGAAAAAGUAAGUUUGUAAGGUUAUAUUUGUGGAUAUAUGUCAAUGAACAAGCAAAGACUUAAGACAUUUAAAAGUAGAUCCACAUUAGAAGAUUCGUGUUGGUAAUAUUCAAUCAAAAAUCAAUUAUCGCUUUGUAUGCUUGGUAAAACAACUUGCCGGGUUCAUGUUGGGACAUCCUGUUUUUGUAUGUUUGUCCCAUUUUCUUAAAACUCUUUCUUCUUAAUCAAAAUGUCGCGAUUUUAACAAAUGUCCAUAGGACAGUGGACGACACAAACCUUUUUUGUGUGUCCAUUUCUUUUAGCAAUAUUUGCAAUGAAGAGGAGUCGCAUUUCUUGCAAUGAAGUGAAGUCUCAUUUCUUGCAAUGAAGAGAAGUCUCAUUUCUUGCAAUGAAGUGAAGUCUUAUUUCUUGCAAUGAAGUAUAGUCUCAUAUAUUGCAAUGAAGAGAAGUAUCAUUUCUUGCCAUGGCGUGAAAUAUAAUUUAUUGCAGUGAAAUGGAGUCUCAUUUGAUGUAAUGAAGGCAAGUAUUACUUUUUGAAAUGUAGAGAAGUCUCAUUUCUUGCAAUGCAGUGAAUUCACAUUUCUCGCAAUAAAUGUGAAGUCUCAUUUCUUUACAUGAAGUAAAGUCUCAUUUCUCGCAGUGAAUUGAAGUCUCAUUGAAAGCAAUGAAGUGAAGUUUCAUUUCUUGCAAUGAAGUGAGUCUCAUUUUUGCAAUGAACAGAAGUCUUAUUUCUCGCCAUGCAGGAAAUCUCAUUUCUUGCAAUGCAGUAAAGUCUCAUUUUUUUCAAUGCUGUAAAGUCUCAUUUCUUGAAACUCAGCGAGUCUCAUCUUUUAAAUGCAUGGAGGUCUCUGAAAACUUCGAUUGUGAAGUCUCAUUUCUUGAAACUCAGCGAGUCUCAUCUUUUAAAUGCAUGGAGGUCUUCACAAUCGAAGUUUUCAGUCUCAUUUCUUGCCAUGAAGUUAAGUCUCAUUUCUUGCCAUAAAGUUAAGUCUCAUUUCUUGCCAUGAAGUUAAGUCUCAUUUCUUGCCAUGAAUUUAAGUCUUAUUUCUUGCCAUUAAGUUAAGUCUCAUUUCUUGCCAUAAAGUUAAGUCUCAUUUCUUGCCAUGCGGUUAAGUCUCAUUUCUUGUCAUGAAGUUAAGUCUCAUUUCUUGUCAUGAAGUUAAGUCUCAUCUCUUGUCAUGAAGUUAAGUCUCAUUUCUUGCCAUGAAGUUAAGUCUCAUUUCUUGCCAUGAAGUUAAGUCUCAUUUCUUGCCAUGAAGUUAAGUCUCAUUUCUUGCCAUGAAGUUAAGUCUCAUUUCUUGUCAUGAAGUUAAGUCUCAUCUCUUGUCAUGAAGUUAAGUCUCAUUUCUUGCCAUGAAGUUAAGUCUCAUUUCUUGCCAUGAAGUUAAGUCUCAUUUCUUGUCAUGAAGUUAAGUCUCAUUUCUUGCCAUGAAGUUAAGUCUCAUCUCUUGUCAUGAAGUUAAGUCUCAUUUCUUGCCAUGAAGUUAAGUCUCAUUUCUUGCCAUGAAGUUAAGUCUCAUUUCUUGUCAUGAAGUUAAGUCUCAUUUCUUGCCAUGAAGUUAAGUCUCAUCUCUUGCCAUGAAAACAAAUCUCAUUUCUUGCCAUGAAAAAAAAAUAUAUUUCUUGCCAUGAAAAAAAAAAUCUAUUUCUUGCCAUGAAGUGAAAUCUCAAACUGCGAAAUACCCCACAGUAACCCCAACCCCCACCCCCCAGCUUCUCGGUGGAAAGUUUGUUGUGUAAUAUAAAACAUUUGUUGGCAUCAACCACCGUUAGUGCCAUGUGGCUUUUUCAGCGUGUUAACCACAAAUGGACGUUUACUAAUCGCAUUGUGUGUCGUCCCGACAGGAGAAAGGGGCGCUGGUGUAGACAUCGACGAAAAAAACUUGACCAUAGUUGAGAAGCUGCGAUUCCGUGCAGGGUGGGGAAAACACAACUUAAACGAAUUGGCCAGUCAAAGAAUCUCAAUACAUCGGAGUUUACCCAGCUGCACAACGUCCGCGUGAGUUCAAGGCUAUAAUAUCGUUUCUUAUAAUUUACCAGUAAUGGAAUGGUUAUAUUCUUAUUAUGCUCUAGCAGCGAUUAUUUUCUGACUUUUCAAGGAGUGUACUCAAUUUUUUUUUUAAGCUUCCUACUUUCUUUAGUAAGAAUCUGUCCUUUGGACAUACAACCGAAGAAACUACUAAUCAAAAGCCAUGUGUUUUAUUAAAGCUGAUUCGGUAAUCAUGUUUUAUUGUGAGUAUGCAGACAGACUGCUUUGGACUAAAAGUAGGUUGAGUAGAAUUAUUUUCUCUUUUUAAAGAGAUGAUCAAUGGUACAAUAGUUUAACUCGUAUUUUUGUAUGACGCAUUUUGCAAAGUUGGAUGUAAAUUAUGUAUAAAUCAUCUAAAAUAAAAAUAUCUGCAUAUUUUGAAACUUCCCGUUACCAGGAUAAGGCACUACUUUUAUUACUAAUAUAAUGAUCUGGAUAAGGCACUACUUUUAUUACUAAUAUAAUGAUCUGGCUAAGGCACUACCUUUAUUACUAAUAUAAUGAUCUGGCUAAGGCACUACUUUUAUUACUAAUAUAAUGAUCUGGAUAAGGCACUUCCUAAAUUACUAAUAUAAUGAUCUGACUAAGGCACUACCUUUAUUACUAAUAUAAUGAUCUGACUAAAACACUUCCUAAAUUACUAUUAUAAUGAUCUGACUAAGGCACUACUUUUAUUACUAAUAUAAUGAUCUGGCUAAGGCGCUACCUUAAUUACUAAUAUAAUGAUCUGGCUAAGGCACUACCUUUAUUACUAAUAUAAUGAUCUGGCUAAGACACUUCCUAAAUUACUAAUAUAAUGAUCUGACUAAGGCACUACCUUUAUUACUAAUAUAAUGAUCUGGCUAAGACACUUCCUAAAUUACUAAUAUAAUGAUCUGGCUAAGGCACUACCUUUAUUACUAAUAUAAUGAUCUGGCUAAGGCACUACUUUUAUUACUAAUAUAAUGAUCUGGCUAAGGCACUACCUUUAUUACUAAUAUAAUGAUCUGGCUAAGGCACUACCUUUAUUACUAAUAUAAUGAUCUGACUAAGGCACUACUUUUAUUACUAAUAUAAUGAUCUGGCUAAGGCACUACCUUUAUUACUAAUAUAAUGAUCUGGCUAAGGCACUACUUUUAUUACUAAUAUAAUGAUCUGGCUAAGGCACUACCUUUAUUACUAAUAUAAUGAUCUGGCUAAGGCACUACUUUUAUUACUAAUAUAAUGAUCUGGCUAAGGCACUACUUUUAUUACUAAUAUAAUGAUCUGGCUAAGGCACUACUUUUAUUACUAAUAUAAUGAUCUGACUAAGGCACUACCUUUAUUACUAAUAUAAUGAUCUGACUAAGGCACUACUUUUAUUACUAAUAUAAUGAUCUGACUAAGGCACUACCUUUAUUACUAAUAUAAUGAUCUGACUAAGGCACUACUUUUAUUACUAAUAUAAUGAUCUGACUAAGGCACUGCCUUUAUUACUAAUAUAAUGAUCUGGCUAAGGCACUACCUUUAUUACUAAUAUAAUGAUCUGGCUAAGGCACUACCUUUAUUACUAAUAUAAUCAUCUGGCUAAGGCACUACCUUUAUUACUAAUAUAAUGAUCUGGCUAAGACACUUCCUAAAUUACUAAUAUAAUGAUUUGGCUCAGACACUUUCUUGAUUACUCAUAUAAAGAUCUGGCUAAGACACUUUCUUGAUUACGCAUAUAAUUAUCUGGCUAAGACACUUCCUUAAUUACUCAUAUAAAGAUCUGGCUAAAACACUUAAUUCCUCAUAUUAAGAUCUGGCUAAGACACUUAAUUACUUAUAUAAAGUUCUGGCUAAGACACUCAAAAUUGUGUUACUUUCUUUAAUCUAGCUUUAUUUGAUGGAAUGUUUAAAAUUUUAUAAUUUUUACACAAACAAAAAUUCUAAACAUGACCUUGUUUAAUCUUGUCACUGACCUUGUUUAAUCUUGACCCUGACCUUGUUUAAUCUGGACACUUAACUUGUUUAAUCUUGACAUUGAAUUUAUUUAAUAUUGACCCUGACCUUUUUUAAUCUUGACUCUGACCUUGUUUAAUCUUGACCAUGACCUUGUUUAAUCUUGACCAUGACCUUGUUUAAUCUUGACAAUAAAUUUGUUUAAUCUUGACCCCGACCUUGUUUAAUCUUGACACUUAACUUGUUUACUCUCGUUUAACUUCUCCUCACCUUCUCUAACGCAGAUGUCAAAACGUUUUGACCGCAUUCACUGGUACACUGGACGAAGUAAGCGUCAUUAUAAUUUACCACAAUGAACCUUGGACGACCCUGCUGAGAACUGUGCACAGCAUUCUCUCUCGUACGCCCGAGCGUCUGCUCAGAGAGGUCCUACUUGUGGAUGAUUGCUCAACAGUAGGUCUGUUGGAUGGACUCUUCCAGCCUUAGGAAAAUAUUAGCCACAAAAAAACCUCAAUAUUUCAAAAAAAAUUUAUGGAAAUUAUGUGAAAUUACUUAUUCAUACACAAAUUCACAUUAAUUUACAAUAUUUCUGUAACUGAAGCCCCAAAGUCUUUAAGAUAAUCCAGUUAGUUUUUUUGCAGGUGACAUUUUUAAAUUAUAUUGUAUCCAAAAAAUACAUACAUUACAGCAUACCUGGGAGCCCCUUUCGACAAAUACUUCAGCACAUUUCCUAAAGUAAAAAUACUUCGAGCUCAGAAGAAGAUUGGUUUGAUCAAAGCAAGACUUCUGGGAUUCGAGGCGUCUACAGCCCCAGUGGUGGUGUUUUUGGAUGCUCACAUCGAGUGCUUCCCAGGUACUUGAGACCUAUGACUCAUGGCUUGUGGUACAUUGACAUUAUACUUGAAUUAAAUGGUGCAUCCCAUUCACUGUUCUGUAAGGGUAGUCGUCUGACAGCCGUUUCGUUUUAUCCACCAGAAAUCCCUCUAUAGAACCGCGUUCACUAAGAGGUGACAGCAGAAGGUGGUGGGUCUCAAUUGUAUCCAUUAUGUCAUUUUAUCCAUUAAUUAAUUAUAUCCAUUAAGUAAUUAUAUCCAUUAAGUAAUUAUUUACAUUAAGUAAUUAUAUCCAUUAAAUAAUUAUAUCAUUAAGUAAUUAUAUCCAUUAAAAAAAUAUAUACAAGAAGUAAUUAUAUCCAUUAAGUAAAUAUAUCCAUUAAGUAAUUAUAUCCAUUAGAGACCGGCAGAAACCGAAACCAGAACGAAAGUUAAAAAUGACUUUCGGCCGGAACAGAAGCAGAAACCAAAAAUUAAACAAGACUUUCGGUCGAAAUUGAAAGAUUUAAAUUUUAAAAAACUCGCUUUCGCACACGUUCUGCGCACGGCUAAAAAUGACGGAACAACUUUCUUGUAAUUUUUAUGUGCCUUAAGUUACGCUUACAAUUUACCCAAGGAAGUGACCUCCACCCCACCCCCCUUACACAAUCACACACACGUUUUUGUGUGCAAUGUCCCUUGAAGCAUCGGUAAGUUGAAAUCAUUUUAAUUCUUUUUUUUAAGCCAACCGAACUUAUUGAGACCUAAAUAUCCUUGUUUACCAUCCGUCUUGGGUCGGGAUUAACUUUAAAAUAGUCAAUAUCCCAUUCUCCCUUGGAUGUUAGUCAAUGUUAGCACUUUUAGCUUGUCGUCACACACACACACACACACAUCACCGGGCGUGACCAAAAAAAAUGUGCGAAAUUUUUGUAUCUUCACCGUGAACGGCUCUCAAUAACAAACCAUAUGAGAGGAUUAAUAUUCUGUAAUCUAAUGUUUAUAGUCUAAUUGUGUAAUCGAGCCAUUGUAUAGAAUGCCUAGCCAAAGUGUAGAAAGGUUUAUGCAUUUCACACUUUGACUAUAAGGCAUUCUAUAAAAUGGUUGGAUUACACACUUCGCCUGUGACAUUUAAAUAUAUGAAUAAAUCUAAUCAUUUUUUUUUUUUUUUUUUUUUUUUAAUAUGAUUCUAGAAUACAGAAAUUAGUGCUAUUAAAAAAAAUUGAAUUUAAGCUUGCUUCCACCUACUAUAACUAGUAGUUUUAGGCCAAAAAUAUAACAGACUAGUCAUAGUAGGUUUAUACUAUACAGUCUAAUAAGCUAAUACUACUAUAUUAGUAUUACUACAACUCACGAAAUGCCUUGUUUAAGUUAGUACUUUUUCAAAAAUCUAUUUAAUAAUAAAUUGUAAUUAGUUGCUAAGUUAUUUUAAUAUUUAAUUCUUUGCCUACUUAAUCUGUGUAUUUAUUUUUACUUUUAUUCUUAGGGACUACUUUUGUUUAGUAUUCUAUAGGCCCUAGGCCAGUGGUUCUCAACCUUCCUAAUGCCGCGACCCUUUUAAACAGUUCAUCAUGUUGUGGCGACCCCCAGCCGCAAAAUUAUUUUCGUGGCUAUUUCAUAGCUUUAGACCAUAGGUAUUUUCAGAUGGUAUUAGGCGACCCCUGGGAAAGGGUCGUGCAACCCCCAAGGGGUCGCGACCCACAGGUUGAGAACCGCUGCCCUAGGCUAUAAUGUUAUGAUUAUGUCUCUUUUGAUAAAAAUUUUAUGUAUAGCGCGGUGAGCCCAGCCCUAGGCUGGGGUACCGCGCUAUAUAAGACCUCUUAUUAUUAUUAUUAUUAUUAUUAUAAUCCUUUGUUUAUAUUCGUGAACUGCUGUUCGCUGACGAUGCCGUCUUAACAUCUCACACAGAAGAAGGUCUGCAGGGGCUGGUUAAUCGUCUAUCACACGCUUGUAAAGAGUUUGGACUUUCGAUUAGUCUACAGAAAACACAUGUCAUGAUGCAAGAAGCACCGUCCCCUCCAAUCAUAUCUAUUGAGGGUCAUAAUCUUUCGGUUGUUGAUCAUUUCACAUACCUGGGAUCCAAUAUUUCUAGUUCUCUCUCCGUUGAUGAAGAGAUCAAUAUCAGGAUUGCAAAAGCAGCAGCAACUAUUGCUAAACUGAAUAAGCGGGUGUGGAAUAAUCUCAAUCUAAUUGAUAAAACAAAAAUAAGUGUCUAUCAGGCAUGUGUGCUAAGCACGUUCCUAUAUGGUAGCAAAGUGUGGACCACAUACACCAGCCAGGAGCGGAAACUCAACAGCUUCCAUCAAAGAUGUCUACGUCGCAUUUUACGCAUUCGUUGGCAGGACAGGGCGCCUAACGUGGAGGACAGGGCGCCUAACGUGGAGGUCUUGGAACGUGCACACAUGUUUAGCAUAUUCUCCUUACUUAUCAAGAGGCGCCUUCACUGAUUAGAUCAUGUACGGAGAAUGGAGGAAGGACGUACCCCAAAGAUACUGCUGUAUGGAGAGUUGGCAGAAGGGACAAGACAUAUUGGACGACCACGCCUGAGAUUUAUUGACGUUUGCAAACGAAGGAUGAGGGAAGCCAAUAUUGAAACAAACGAAUGGGAGUUCAUUCCCGAGCAUCGCUCCAACUGGCGAACAGCAGUGUUUGAAGGAGUAAAAAAGGCAGAAGAUACUCGAAACGAGGCCCUUGAAUCAAAAAGAACAAUUCGGAAAUCAAGAAUUUACCGGGAUUCAAUAUUCUCCUGCGAGAGAUGCGGCCGUGAUUGCCAUUUAAGGAUUGGCCUAGUGAGCCACUCGUCAAAGUGUAGAACUAUAUAGCUACUCCAUCGUCUCAUGAAGACGGAAGGAUGCCAUAUCGGUACUUAUAAUGUAAUGAAUUGUAAAAUUAUGGAUGUAACAAUCAACGACUUGCUUAAAAUUCAGAAAAAUAUAAAUUAGGCUAAAAUGAUUGUUAAAAAAUAUUAAAUAAAUAAGACUCAACAACAUCAAAGUAAUUCUAUUUUUAUUAAUACAUAUUAAUACAUAUUUAUACAUAGUUGAAGCGAAUAAUUUUAAAAAAUUACAAAGGAAAUGUUACCGUUCCUUGAGAUUUAUUGUUCACAUUACCAUUUAUUUAUUUAUUUAUUUAUUUAUUUAUUUAUUUAUUUAUUUAUUUAUUUAUUUAUUUAUUUAUUUAUUUAUUUAUUUAUUUAUGUAUUUAUUUAUUUAUUUAUUCAGGCAUUUUUAUAUAGUGCUUACCUUAAAGCUCUAAGCGCUUUACAAUUAUUAAAAACAUGUAAACUAACUAAAAUAAAAAUGAGACACUAGGAUAGUAACUACUAUACUAUAGAAACAAUUAAAAUGGCUAUAAAACGAGGACACUUUGGCAACGUUGACUGUGACAACAUGUAUGAGCAAGAUAAUCAUAAAUCCAAAUGUAGUUCUUAAAUGAAUGACUUGAAGAAGAAAAAACGUUCCCAAUUUUUGUUUUAAAUCAUAACAAAAAUAAUAAUCUAAAUAUUACCAUUUCACCUAGUUCUGUUUUUUCCACAAAACUAUUUUCCCUUCCCUUUGCCUUAAUGAAAUGUAAGUUUUUUUGGAAAUAUGGGACAAGCAAGUCAUCGUGCAACAGUGAAUGGUGUCCGCAGAGGAUUUCCUAUGUAUCAUACGACGGAUAGCGGAUUGCCGGCGGACAGGCAGGGAGGGACAAUGUGACAUCUGGCAGAAGACCGAAUGCCUCAAUAACUUCCGGCCAGACGGCCGAAAGUCUCAAUCCCUGUCGGCCGCAACCGAAAAUAACACGAAACUUAACUUUUCUAUUUCGUCCGAAACUAAACCGAAAGUUAACUUUUCUGUUUUGACCGAAACCGAAACUAUGCCGAAAGUGAUCAAAUGGCAACUUUCGGCGCCGAAACCGAAGCCGAAAUUCGGUCGGUCUCUACUAUCCAUUAAUUAAGAGUAUCCAUUUAGGAAAAAUAAAAGGGAAAGUUCCGCUUACGUUUGAUGUCUCUGUCAUUCUGGUGCUGGGCGUGUGGGGAUGUUCUUGUCCUUCUCCCCCCCCCCACCUCGCGGCCAAUGUUCCUUCUAAGGUUUGUUGGUUCGUGUGCAAAAUCAUACAGUUGUGUGAAAUGUUUUACAGGAUCAAUUUUUGUGUGCAAAAUUGUACAGCCCACAAACACACACUUACAUGGAAGAUACUCAAAACUGCUGCGCGGCGUCUCUGCGAUAGCUGCGCGGUCGCGCAGCGGCGCAGCUUUAAGGGAAAAUUGCUCGUGGCCCUUGCUGGACAGUGAGGUGCAAGGUAGCCUUAGAGAAGUCAAGUUCCUCUAUCAGCUAUAUUUGACGUUAUGUUAGUGACCUGUAGCACAAAUGUCUAACAUAAAUGUAUUUCCUCAGGUUGGGUAGAACCAAUGCUGAUAAGAAUAGCACAGAACCGACAGGCUGUGGUGUACCCCGUUAUUGACAAAAUAAAGGAUACAACUUUUCAUGUCGGGUGCAACACCGACCCCAGAUAUUAUGGAUCUUUUAGUGUGACGAAUUUGUUGUUUGAAUGGGAUGAGAUACCACAGAGAGAAUUGGACAGAAGACAGGAGCAAUCUCAAACGUACAGGUCAGUAGACAAGCCUCAUCUGUAACGGUCAGUGGAUAAGUCUCAACAAUACAGGUCAGUGGAUGAAUCUCAAACGUACAGGUCAGUGAAUAAAUUUCAUCAAUAUAGGUCAGUGAUCAAGUCUCAUCCAUAUAGGUAAAUGCACAAGUCUAAUCAAUACAGGUCAGUCGAAAAGUCUCAUCUAUCAGGUCAGUGAAUAAGUAUCAUCCUUGCAGGUCAGUGGACACAUCUCAACCAUGUAGGUCAGUAGAAAAAUCUCAUCCAUACAGGUCAGUGGACAAAACUCAUCCAUACAGGUCAGACUAAUUUUUAGUGGUGUUUCCUGAAUCUUGAAGUAAAAUAUACAUAAGGAAUACAUUCUUUUUCGAAGAUGGCCAGGCCCCUGUUUCACUUAGCCUUUUCAAUUUGCACAGCUGUAGCUGGUGUUUUACACGCCUGAUGAGUCGGUACGAUUGAGUGCCUCUGUUCCAAUUCCUCCACACGUUUACACGUUGUAAUCCCAUUAAAACCCAAGUCCUACAAGUUCAACGUGCACUUUAAUCCAAGUUAUGUAUAAUCUGACCGUACGCUAAUUCAAACACGUAUAGCGCAACUCACCAGUUGAACACAUUACAACCUUGACCAGGCAGCUACGGGGUUGUCCAUAAAUGACACAUGCACGAAAUACGCAAUUUUUUUUCACCCCCGCCCCUCUUGUCCGCAUGAGACUUACCCCCAUCCCCGGGUUGCGGACUUCCGCAGCCACAUGCGAAAAUUUACAGAACGAAAUGCCAGGCUGUAUAAUUAAGAUUACCUGUGUUGAGAGCACAGUUUCAUUAGAUUUAAACUUAAACUAAAAUCAGUCAAGUAUGUAAAAAAAAGUUAUAGCACUCAACGCACACCUAGACGGGCAGAGAGUGGAACCUGACCUCGAGCCUAAUGUUGGCCUCCGUGGAGACAAACAGCUAUGCACUGACCACCAUGGCAAACCAGGCGGGAUGGCAUGGGGUGGAAGAACGUCUCCCACAAUUUUUAAUGAAGAUAUUAUACGAGUGCUGGAAAUCUUUGCCACACUCGGGCUUAAAUACUAGCACGCUCACAAAGAGUUCAUAGCAUCCCAAAUAAUCACCGUUUUAAAUCCCUUUGUAUUAACUUCGCUUUUGUUUGUGGCUGGCUACCCGGGUGGCAGACUUGCACAAUUUUCGGACGGGUAAUUAACCCACUUCCCGUCAACCUAUUGAGCUGAAACGUGGCACAUAGACUCAAUGCCGGUGACAGGACAGUUUAUCAAAUGUUCAGCCUCCCCCCCCCAACCCCCAAAAAAAAAUUUUUUUUAAAAUUGUAAAGAGUUUGGUUUUUUUUUUUUUUUUUUUUUUUUUUUUUUUUUUUUUUUAAAAUUUUUAAGUUUUUUUUUUUUUUUUUUUUUUUUUUUUGUAGUUGUUUCAUGUUUAAAAAUGUAGUAAAUUUGUUGAUGAUGUUAAUGUCAAUCUAAUUGUUUGGUUAUUUUUUUUUUUAUUGACAGGUCACCGACCAUGCCAGGUGGGUUGUUUGCCAUCACUCGUGAGUUUUUCACUAAGAUAGGAACUUAUGACCCGGAAAUGAAUUACUGGGGCGGUGAAAACAUUGAGAUUUCUUUCAAGGUAUUUUUGACACGGUCCAUUUCAUCCCGUUAUCGCUGCAGAAAUCUAUCAAUUUAACUGCCCCUAUUCAUUUAAGCUCUUGAAUCAUCUCUCUCUAUCACAAUUCACUUAUAACAGGAAUGUGAUCCUUGGUCUAUCUGAAGAGUCCUAGGGGCUUGUAUAGCGUUUUAUUUAUUCAUUGGACCCUUUCAAUUUCACAGUGCUGUUUUCAAAUCCUUUAUAGUAACUUCCCUUUUGUUAGUGGGUUUAUUUUGGGCUAGGCUUAUUGACCCACUUCCCCUUCAACCUAUCGAGCUGAAAAUUGGCACACGGACUCGUUGUUUAGUGCGUAAAAUUUUAUUCUGUUUUUCUUUCUGAAAUGUUGAAAUAAAUCUGCGGUGUAAAAGCGGAUGUGGCCUUCGAAUAUUAAUAUGGAAAAAAAAACUAAUGAAAAUGAAUUGAAGCAUUCAUGCACAGCCAGACAGGAACAGAAAUGUAUUCAAUUUUUUUAACACAAACGAAGAAAAAGAAGAAAAAACGAAAACUUGCACAUACCUGUAACACAAACGAGCACAAUAUAAAACACAAACUAUCCAUCGCUUAAUACUGUUGAUGUAUUCUUUGCCCUGUCCAGACAUGGAUGUGUGGGGGCGAGCUGUUGCUGGACACCUGCUCGCAUGUUGGUCACGUUUUCCGCACAUACCCACCUGUAAGGGGCAACUACUCUGAUGUGAUCAGAAAUUCUCUUCGAGUCGCCGAGGUUUGGAUGGAUGACUACAAAAAUUAUUUUUACGAGAGUCUCAACUACAACUUGGUGCGUAUGAUCUCAUUAUAUCCUUCUUUAAUUUGGGGUGCAAUAAGUCAUUCAAUGUUGGCUAAAGCUUGGUGCGUAAUAAUCAAUACUAGGGCUUAGCCGGGUGCUGUUGUUGUUUUUUUUUUACACUGAGUCCGGAUAUUUUGAGAAAUAGGCCUACUGACAGUGCUACGCCCUAUCUGUCGGCCUUUAAACAACAGGCCUACAGACAUUCCUACAGACAGUCCUACAAACAGUCCUACAGACAGUUCUACAGAUAGUCCUACAGACAGUCCUACAGACAGUCCUACAGACAGUCCUACAGACAGUCCUACAGACAGUCCUACAAACAGUCCUACAGACAGUUCUACAGACAGCCUUACAGACAGCCUUACAGACAGCCCAACAGACAGCCCGACAGACAGCCCGACAGACAGCCCUACAGUCAGCCCGACAGACAGCCCGACAGACAGCCCGACAGACAGCCCGACAGACAGCCCGACAGACAGCCCGACAGACAGCCCGACAGACAGCCCGACAGACAGACCGACAGACAGCCCUACAGACAGCCCUACAGACAUUCCUACAGACAGUCCUACAGAUAGUGCUAUAGACCAUGCUUCAGACAUUACUACAGACAGUCCUACAGAUAGUCCUACAGACAGUCGUACACCAUACACGUGGCUCUUUAUUUAGUAAUAUAAUAGUCGCUUCCCCCUAAAGAUUUUUUUUCAACCUGAGUUCACACGUCACCCAUGACAGCCUUUUUCACUCAGUACUAUUUAUAUAACACAUGUGGGGUUAGAGGAGUGGGGGCGGUUCAGAAAAGGAAGCAGGACACACCAGAAGCAAAUAUAUCUAAGAGAGUAUUGCCAAGUCUAAAUGAUCACGAAUUAAGUCAUUAUUGUCACUAAAGGAGUUCGUUGAGGGCCUGAUUUCUAUGCCAGAGAAAUACUUUAGAUGUUGUUAUCUAGCACACUUUUUCUGUGCGUGAACUUUACUUGACCUAAAUUAUAAUCCUUGCAGACAGUAACGUCUGUUGUCGGCGUGGCCUAUUCGUUUGAUGUAUCUUGUUUACAACCGUGUUUACCAAUUAAACAUGUUAGACUGUCUUCCUGGUAUUUUCUCGAAUGUGCUCGAUAACCCGAGAAAUAAAAACAUGUCAUAAGUCUUUUCUGGAAGACAUCGCUUAUGUGACCUAUAUAAGGGAUUGACAGGCACGGACGGAGAGACGGAGAUUCAGAUAGAUAAUUAUUAACUUCACGAGACGUGUAUUGUGAAUUUGUGUAUUUAUGUGUUUAUUUCGCAUUCAUCAUUAUUAAUUGGCACAUUGUAUUAACUGUGUACCGGUACAAGAUAUACAAUACUGUAAAUUGAUGAUUUAUAAUUAUAUUUCUUUUUUUUUGUUGUUAUUGUAUUAAUACUUAAUAAAUCUUAAUUAAUUGUAACUGGCAACUGUUUUGGGUGUCGUAUCUUUAAUAUUGUUGACUCUAUGGUAUCGUCCUUUGUUAGGCACUGUUUACAACGAGCCAAUAAAAUUAAAAUAGGAGAUUAAUUUCUCAUAUUAGAAGCCUGUGCGUAACAAUGUCUUGGGUUAAAUUAUUAUAAUGUAACAAUAAUAAUAAAAUGUUGUCUUGGAUAAAGUAUGUAUUUAAUUAUGUAUUAAAAUAACUAUCUACAAUGUAAUCGAAAAACAUGUCCAUCUAUUAUACGCUUUUUAUUUGCUUGCUUUGACAAUUUGUUUUUCGCGGAAUCUUACAUCUCAAUUUUGAACCUCUUCAUGGUGUCCCAUUGAACUGAAACUUUGUACCAUUACUCGCCCCCUCCCCCGCGAUAACAAUGCACCACUUUAUGAUCAGUAGGUCACCAGUCACCUCCACUUGGUGCUUCAUUUCAGUGCUAGGGCCUUGGCCAGUCUUAGAUAUAAAUUGGUGCGUAAUGUUAAUAUUACAGCCUUGGCCUGUCUUAGAUAUAAAUUGGUGCGUAAUGUUAAUAUUACAGCCUUGGCCUGUCUUAGAUAUAAAUUGGUGCGUAACAUCAGUUUUAGAGUCUUGGCCUGUCUUAGAUUUAAUUUAGUGCGAAAUGUCAAUAUUAGAGCCCUGGCCUGCGUAAUAUCAAUGAUAUCCGUGACUAAAAAUAUAUUUAUAACCAUUUUAAAUUUCUUAAACGAAUCCACGGUAUUAAUGUUUGGUGUUUCGAAAUUGCAAGUAACAGAAGAAAUGGCUGAAAACGAUAAAAUACCAGAAGAAAGUGAACGAUGUUUUCAAUAUAUGUAAGAAUGAGCUAGAGUCACAUAACGCUUAAAGGGAGAUAUGAUUUAAGUACAUUCGGAUUCCUAAAAACAAUCAUAGUUAUUUUCUAUUACUUUACGGAAAUCGAAUAAAUUUAAAUGCGCAAAAAAUAUUUUUAAUCCGCUUUUAUUUUAGUAAACGUUUAAGUAUUAUUUUUAUAAAUUACAAAUACAUUUAAAGUAUCAACUAAGGAACUAUUUUAAGCAUUUUAUAUGUGUUUAAAAGUUAUGAAAACAUAAAAAAGUAAAAAAAUCAUGAUCGAAGAAUUACACCGUAUUCACAUUUAUCGGGAAAGCCCAAGCAUCAGUCAUUUUUAGUGCGUCUUUUAGUGCGUUGUAAAUGUCGCGAACAAAAAUUAAAAUUAAUUUGUUCUAAAUAAUGACGCUAAUGACGUCAUAGCGCGAAAAACCUAUUUUGCCAAAACUCUUGGGUUUCUUUAAAUUUAAUGAACGUGCGUGACAAAACUGAUAGUGUAAUUUCCCCUUUUAAAGUAAACUUAAUAAAUACCAUUGAUUUCUUUUUAAAUUAUUAUAAAAACACACACAAUUUAGCUUUGUAUAUUUUAACAUAUAAAGUGUUGCCUUUUUUAAUUCAAAAAAUAUACUUUUAUUAAAAUUGUUACGUAAUAAUUACUAACCUUUAAAUAUAAUUCGAAUGGGAAAAUGCGGUUUAACUCAACUUAAUGUGGUGAAAAAGAGAUGUUACAUUCUCUUUUUACAAAUAUGUAUAAGUUCAUUUUGCCCAUUCUAAUACUAGAAUAAACGACCGGUUGUUGUCUGGAUAAUAACGGUAGGUUUUGUGCGAUAAUUUCUAAAUGCUAUUGCAAAAAUUCAUCACAAUCUUUAACAAUAAAAAAAUAUAAUGAUAUUUACGUUUCUAGCUUCAUUAGGUUUUGAGAAGUAUUUAUCUGCUAUAUAUUACACGCCUACCCUACUCCCUUUCACGCUCUUAAAAUUACAUUUUCCACUCUGAACAUAACCUUAAAUUACCCAGUCUGAAUCAUCACUCAUUAAUUCACUUUUGUCACUAAAGAUGUACAUUGAGGGACAAUUACUACGCUAGAGAAAUACUUUAGAUUUACCCCUCUUCGUGCCUUUGAAUUACAACUUCAUUUUUCUCUAAAAACAAGAUACGUCUCAAAACAAAGGAAUUAAUUUGAUAAAUAAUUAAUUUUCUUGGGUAAAUUAAUUUCAGAGGUAAGAAAUAAGAUGUGCAUAAUUUUACGUGGAUGACAACCUCUUUAACUUUUAUGGUGUUAUAUUUGUGAAAAAAAGAGAUGUUACAUUCUCUGUUUACAAAUAUGGGUAAUUUUAGUUUGCCUAAGGCAAUACAGUAUACUAUAUAUGUCUCAAAAUAAGGAAAUGACUUUGAUAAAUAAUUAACGUCUUGGUUCCAUAAAUAUCGAAGAUAGGAAAAAAAAGAUGUUUACAUCUAACAUGGAUGACAAUAUAUUUAAAACCUUUGGUAUUACAUUUGUGAAAAAAAGAGAUGUUAAAUUAUCUUUUUACAAAUAAACAUAUGUUUACCAAUUAAGAAAAUUAAUGGUGAUAACCAAUAGUGGGUACAUUUAUACAAGUAUGCCUAUGUAUAUCGAAACCCAAUCAUUUUACACACUUGAAAAAUUAAUUUUGAAAAACAGAGAUGGGUUAAUAUUUACUUUCAAAAAAUGAAAAUAUAAUUGUUUUUACUUUGCAAAAAGUAAAGAUGUGUGUAUUUUUUAUGAGAUCAACAAUUUAAAUGUUUUUAAAAGACACUCAAAUCUGUUAUAUCUGUGAAAAACGAUUGCGAGAUUUUUCUUUAGAUAAAAUAUUUUUUUGUUUUACGAGUUUCUUAUUAUAUCUAAUUUUUUUUUUUUAAGGCAAAAAUGUUUAUAUUUUUGAUGAAGAUAUCAAUAUAGACCUAUAUCAAAUUCCUGUAAUACAAAAUAUGUUUAUAUCAUAUAUAAUUGUAAAUUUAAGAUCAGUUUUUUAAAACAAUUUUUAGAGAGAAAAAAGUUGCAUUCAAGGGCACGAAAAAGGAAAUCUAGAGUAUUUCUCUAGCGUAGUCAUUGUCCCUCAAUUAACUUCUUUAGUGACCAGCGUGAUAUAAGUAGUGACAAGUUAGACUGAGUAAUUAAAGGUCAUCUCUAGAGGGGGAAAAAAGUAGUUUAGGAGCGUAAAAGGGAGUAGGGUUGGCGUGUCAUAUAGAGCAGAUAAAUACUUAUCAAAACUUAAUGAUGUUACAAACGUAAAUAUCAUUAUAUUUUUUAAGUUAUGGAUUGUGAUGAGUUUUUGCACUAGCAGUCAGAAAUUAUCGCAAUGGCACUACCGUUAUUAUCCCGAUAACAUCGGGUCGUUUAUUCUAGUAUUUAAUAAUAUACUAUAACAAAUAACGAAAGCAGAGCGCCAACUUCAAGCUCACCCACAACGCAAUUGUAAAACUUUGUACAAGUGUACGGUAACAGGCUAAUUAGGAUUUUGUAUAUAAAAUAGUUUAUGCCUGUUCUGAUUACUUGAUCAAUUCAAUGACUUGCCUGGCUUUAUUUCAUUUUUGUUUUAUUUGACUUACCCAACUUUAAAAUUUACUUUAAAUUUCUUUUAUGUCUUACUCGGCUUAUUUCAUUAUUUAUUCCCUUGCCUAGCUAACUCGGCUUUACUUCGUUAUUUUAUGACUUAACCAGCUUUACUUCAUUUCCCCCCCCCCCUACUCGGAAAUAGUUGGACUUUGGCAAUGUGACAGAUCGAAAGAUUUUACGCGACAGUCUUCAAUGUCAGAGUUUUGAGUGGUUUAGAAAGAAUAUCGUUCCAGAGAAAUUUCUACCUCACAGUUUUCAAUAUGUAGGGGAGGUAAGUUGACAGUUUUUAGAUUUCAUAAAAUAUUUUAAAAUAUAUUUAGUCAUAGGGAAAGUUGGGAGGUAAGUGGGACACGAGGUUGAUAAUUCCAUUAUACCAUGCACUUUUCAAUUUAAAUAAAUUUGAAAAAAAAUAUAUAUUUUAUGAUUAACAACGAUAUUUUCUCACCAUCCGUCCAAGGGCACAUCACUAGUUGUAAUUAGUUUCGAGAAAUGUAUCUCUAAAACUACCGCCUUAUCCUCGUGACCAUAUCUACCAGCUUAUUUUAACGGCAUUUCCUCUCUCUGUCCGCCAACAACCAAUCGACCAUAUCUACCAGCUUAUUUUAACGGCAUUUCCUCUCUCUGUCCGCCAACAACCAAUCGACCAUAUCUACCAGCUUAUUUUAACGGCAUUUCCUCUCUAUGUCCGCCAACAACCAAUCGACCAUAUCUACCAGCUUAUUUUAACGGCAUUUCCUCUCUCUGUCCGCCAACAACCAAUCGACCAUAUCUACCAGCUUAUUUUAACGGCAUUUCCUCUCUCUGUCCGCCAACAACCAAUCGACCAUAUCUACCAACUUAUUUUAACGGCAUUCCUCUCUCUGUUCGACAACAACCAAUCGACCAUAUCUAACAGCUUAUUUUAACGGCAUUUCCUCUCUUUGUCCGCCAACAACCAAUCGACCAUCUCUACCGGCUUAUUUUAACGGCAUUUCCUCUCUCUGUCCGCCAACAACCAAUCGACCAUAUCUACCAACUUAUUUUAACGGCAUUCCUCUCUCUGUCCACCAACAACCAAUCGACCUUAUCUACCAACUUAUUUUAACGGCAUUCCUCUCUCUGUCUGUCAACAACCAAUGGACGAUAUCUACCAACUUAUUUUAGCGGCAUUCCUCUCUCUGUCCGCCAACAACCAAUCGACCAUAUCUACCAACUGAUUUUAACGGCAUUCCUCUCUCUGUCCGCCAACAACCAAUCGACCAUAUCUACCAACUUAUUUUAACGGCAUUCCUCUCUCUGUCCGCCAACAACCAAUCGACCAUAUCUACCAACUUAUUUUAACGGCAUUCCUCUCUCUGUCCGCCAACAACCAAUCGACCAUAUCUACCAGCUUAUUUUAACGGCAUUUCCUCUCUCUGUCCGCCAACAACCAAUCGACCAUAUCUACCAGCUUAUUUUAUCGGCAUUUCCUCUCUAUGUGCACCAACAAUCAAGCACAUAAAUUAUGUAAGUUUUCUAAUUAUUUUGAUUAUAUUCUUUAGAUCAGAAGCGGCGCCUUCCAAAAAUGUGUGGACAGAGGAAGCAAUUUAGAUACUGGCCCUAAACUGCGUGCAUGUGGAGGGAGCACAUCCCACAUCUGGUAUUUACAAGGUCAAGGACAACUCUUUAGCAAAAAUGCAUUUGUCUGCAACACUGAUGGUAUCGUGACGCUGGAAAAGCAAAAGUGCAGUAGUGGAGAACAGUGGCACUAUACGCAGGUUGGUAGUGGCACUAUACGCAGGAUGGUAGUGGCACUAUAAGCAGGCUGGUAGUGACACUAUAAGCAGGCUGGUAGUGGCACUAUAAGCAGGUUGGUAGUGGCACUAUAAGCAGGUUGGUAGUGGCACUAUAAGCAGGUUUGUAGAGGCACUAUAAACAGGUUGGUUGUAGCGUUAUACGCAGGUUGUAGUGGCACUAUAAGCAUGUUGGUAGUGGCACUAUAAGCAGGUUUGUAGAGGCACUAUAAGCAGGUUGGUAGUAGCGUUAUACGCAGGUUGAUAGUAGCAUUAUACGCAGGUUAGUUGUUGUACUAAUAAUUUGAGAAAUAAUGUCUGCCAAUUUAUUGAUUAUUUUGGCUCCUGGUUUGAAUUCAGAGUUGGCCUUCUCUUAGAUGAGUUGCCUUCCAUGGCUGCGAGUCCCAUCCACCUGGAAAUCCAGACCACCAACUUGAGAUUUGCCCAGUUUAGACCAUUCGGCCACCCAGUUUAGACCAUUCGGCCACCCAGUUUAGACCAUUCGGCCACCCAGUUUAGACCAUUCGGCCACCCAGUUUAGACCAUUCGGCCACCCAGUUUAGACCAUUCGGCCACCCAUUUUAGACCAUUCGGCCACCCAGUUUAGACCAUUCGGCCACCCAGUUUAGACCAUUCGGCCACCCAGUUUAGACCAUUCGGCCACCCAGUUUAGACCAUUCGGCCACCCAGUUUAGACCAUUCAGCCACCCAGCUCCCGAUUUCAUCUGCCAUAGGGGCCGUCCAUUAAUUACGUCAACAAUGUUUAAGCAAUUUUUGGCUUAAUAUUAAAUAUGUCUUAAAUCUCAUGAUAUCUGAAAAGAAAAUUAGUCGUUAAAAUAUGCAAGCAUUUUUUUCUUUCUUUUGCUUAAGUUUGUAUACAUUUAAAUGGUGGAUUCUGUCAAUGAUCAAACUUGAACGCCGAGCUUUUUCAAGUUUUGCUAUCUAUCCCCAACUAAUUAAAGUACUAAACAAACCGUAAGUGGCGUAACUGAAAGUGUUUAGCUGGGGGAGUCGGAUAUGAACAUUUGGGGGUCAAAAUGCCAUUGCUGCCUAGCUAAUGUUAACCCAAUUACUUCACAAAAUGUAAAUAGGUAAGAAAUAUUUCACUAGAUUGAAGUUCCCCUUUCAUUUACUGCCACCUCAACAUUUUGCCGUAAUAGCCGUGUGUUUCUGUUCCACAGGACAAGAGCCUGGUUCACUACCCGUCAGGGAAAUGUCUCACAGCAAACGCCACUUCCGUCGAGCUGUCUCUGACAGAAUGCACGAGUGACAACAAGCUACAAAUGUGGGAAAUAAAGACACGAAGAAGCGAUCUCAACUUCCCAUCAUAGAGAUCCAAGCCCCGUAUUUAAAAUUUCUAUAUUAUUAUGGAAUUCUUCAACCAAAAAUGUAUCUACAAUAUUAACCAUUAAGAAAGCAAAUCAACAAUUUAUAUAUAAAAAUCAACUAAUCAUCUUAUUGUUGCAUUGGCGCGUUAUUUCUUAUUUUUUUAGUUGUAUUUGACCAGUUUUGUUGCUUGACUUCAUGGCACCAUCCCCAACUGACAAGUCAAAAAUCCAUCCAAUAAGUUUGCUGCACCCUCCCCUAUUACAAGCAGUGCCGAAUUUUUUUUAAUUUUUUUUUGCGGGCAUCCAUCCGUCACAGUGUGACGAUGGUGAGGGCUUCGCAGAACGAAAUCCACAAGGUCUGGGAUUAUUCCUCAAGAAUUAUAAGCUGGUUCCCAAAAGCAAAACGCCUCUUUUAAUAAUUGAAUUCUCUAAAUAAUACCAAGUUUUAACAAGUCAAAGGGUAAAAAAAUGUUUUGUAAAAAGGUCUGCACAUUUGUAUGGGUUUUCAGAACUGGUAAUUUUUAUAAAUGGUAUAUGAGAUGCAUAACUAUAUUAAGAAGACAUGAGAUGUUUCACUGUUUACAAAUGACGUCACAUAUAUUUAUUGUUAAGUGAUUUAUCUGAAG